GGCCGCCAGCUCGACACUCACACCAAGCUAGAGGCGAAAAGUAGUCGCGCUGUGGAAUCGGAAACUGCGUGUGAGAAGGCAGUCCCUCAGAGAUAUUCGUGGGAGCAUCACAGCGCUUGUCGCGACCAAUUAUAAUUAUAAGAUAAUCAAUUAUUAUAAUUAAGAAAGGCUGUACUUGUUGUUGAUUCAGAUGGAGUUUGUAUCAAAGACGCCGUUAUCGUCUUUCUCGUUCUAGAAACAACUGGCUUUGGAAAGAAGGCUGAAAUCUGUCAGAUCGCUGCUCUCCACGAAAAUCGGCAGUUCGAAGUCUACACGGUACCCGAUAAGGGUAUAACUGCUCAAGCGUCUGCCGUUACUGACCUUCAAAUAGUUAGUGGAGAAAUGUUCCUGAAUGAUUGUCGACUUCCCAUUAUCCAUCCGCACCUGGCCAUUCUCCAAUUCAUAGAACUUUUCAAAUCUAUCGGCAAAGAGGCCCUUCUUAAUUCUCACAAUGGUUCCAGGUUUGACGUUCCAAUCAUCUUACGCAAAGUCAUACAGCACGAACUGCUCACAAAAUUUAUAUCCGUAGUGAAAGGUUUCGCCGACACCUUGAUUAUUUUCAAGAAUCACUUGCCAGAGCGGCAAAAAGGGAAAAAGAAAUUUUCCCAAGCAGCAUUGGCACAAGAUUUUUUAGGUAAAGCACCGGCAAUAGGUGCACACAAUGUCAAAAAUGAUGUUGAGACUUUGAAUGAUUUGAUUAGAGUUAUCGGCAUCGACACAGAAAUUAUUAUGAAGGAAGCAAAAAGUGUCACCAAAAUCUUAAAGGAACACGAAUUAUCAGCAUCUUAUGCUAUCAAUAAAAUUGAUCUCCAAGUCCUCAAAUCAGGUGUCACCCCCGGGACAAUAAAGAAAAUUGCAAACGCUGGUUUAACGCUGGAGGCCUUGAAAAAAUCAUACAUGGAUGGCCAAGAAAGGCAAUUCAAAUUAUUUUGGGUGAGAUCGGCCAAGAGUGACAAAAAAUUUGCGUAUUAUUAAGCAAGCGAGCAUUCAACUCGAAUUGAUGGCAACAAAUAACAAUAAUACCAGUUUUUAAUUAUGCUAAACAAUUGUUUGUUGAAUAAAUAUGUCGGAGAAUGGCACAGAAAUAAAUAUCACAAUCACGUAA